CAGACGAAGAGUGAUCUAGCGGCGUUUCUGUCCUGCAUGUCGCACCACACGCGGAUGGGGGCGGGCGCACACUUGGGAAGGAUCCAAUAGAAGCCAGACACCGCCGCACUGUCGGCCGCUUUGAUCUCGUAGCAGUCCUCGGCAGGGUGGGUCAUGCUGUCGCCGGCGCUCAUUCCCUCUCUCGCCAUGGCGUCGGCUGCGUCACCGGCCAUGGCCAUGGCGGUGGCUGUCUUGAGCUCCGACAGGUGCUGGCUGAGUGUGUCGAGCUUGCCCUCGGUUGAGUUCAUGCGGGCCUCGUAUCUCUGUUUGUCGUCGUAGCACCUGGCCAUGUCGGACUUGAGGUCCUCCAGGCGCUCGGCGUGCAGGUCGAGGGCGUGCAGUGCCGCCCUGACGUCGGGACCGACGGAAGACAGCUCGCGAGACACAGAGGGGUCAUGCUCUGACCCACACAACACAUACAUCGACCCACACACACACAGAGAUGAGGUGAGAUGAGGUGUCUGUGUGUCUGUGUGUCUGUUGUGGGCGGUGGUGGGUUGGCUGAUUUAUCUACCUGUGACGAACUCCAGAAAGAACUUGGCUCGUCCGUCGGGCUGGUUCUCGGCGUCGUUGCAGUCCUGCACGAUGGGCUGCAGCCGGUUGGCCAACACUGACAGCUCGCGGAUGCCAAAGAGGAAGCGAGUCCCGAGCUUGCCGUAUCGCGGGUGCGGCCGGCGCAUCGACACGCGCACGUAUUGGGCUGUCACGCCGCCCAGCGAGUCGGUCGUCACGUUCCGGGCGUUGGCGUCGUUGCUGUGUGCCCUCGUGAAGUGGCUGCCGUCCUGGCCCGUACUCAGGACAUAGUCGAGGGCCGGAAACUCCCAGUCGAUGCGGGCCUCGCUGAGGCGUCGCGGCUGGCCGAGGUCGAUGGUGAGAUUGACAGGGGCGGGCAGGGGAGCGGCGCUCGGCAGACCAGCAGACGCCCAAUACGUCUCCUGCACACACCACACACACACACACAAAAUUAUGGUCUGUCCGUGUUAUAAUGUCGUGAUUGAUGUGUGAUGGGGACCUUUUUGCCGUCGACGGCCUUCAU